GGAAAGAAAAGGAGAAAGCAGGGAAGACGUGAAAACUCUUAUUUUGUACACUGGAUUUCGAUUUUAAUGGAAUAUGUUGAGGAUAUGAGACAAAUGUUUUCAGCCAUACAGUUUUAGACUGCCAGUGAAUUAUCCAUCUGCAUUUCGAUGAUACAUUUUUUUUAGAUUUUCUGUCUUUUUUAGCGUGCACAUAUAGCUUGCUAGCUAGUUUGUUGGUUAGCCGUAGUCAUUUUAUUUUAUUUUUUAUUGUCGAUCAGAAUGGCAACAACUGCCCUGUACGCCUGUACGAAGUGCAAUCAGCGAUAUCCGUUUGAGGAGCUAUCACAAGGACAGCAGCUGUGCAAGGAGUGUCGGAUAGCACACCCUAUGGUGAAGUGUACAUACUGUCGGUCCGAAUUCCAGCAGGAGAGCAAAACCAACACCAUUUGCAAGAAGUGCGCUCAGAAUGUCAAGCAGUUCGGAACGCCCAAGCCGUGCCAAUACUGCAAUAUCAUAGCGGCGUUCAUUGGCACCAAGUGUCAGCGUUGCACCAACUCUGAGAAGAAGUAUGGCCCCCCGCAAACCUGUGAGCAGUGCAAGCAGCAGUGUGCCUUCGACCGCAAGGAGGAGGGCAGGAGGAAGGUGGACGGGAAGCUGCUGUGUUGGCUCUGCACGCUGUCGUACCGUCGUGUCCUGCAGAAGACCAAGGAGCAGAGGAAGGGACUGGGCUCCUCCCACUCCAACUCGUCUUCCCUCAGUGAGAAGGAGCACCACUCCAGACACCACCACCACCAUCACAACCAUCAUCACCAUCACCCACAUCAACACCGGCACAGCAGCUCGCAGAACAAACUCAGUAGCAGCCUCAGUCCGGAGCAGGAGCCAGGACUGUGGAAGCAGAGCCAUAAAUCAUCUUCGAUACAGAAUGACACCCCAAAGAAGAAACCCAAACUGGACUCAAAGCCGUCAAAUGGAGACAGCAGCUCCAUCACGCAGUCCAUGGACUCUGGGGGGACAGACAACUUCAUCCUGAUAAGUCAGUUGAAGGAGGAAGUGAUGUCUUUGAAAAGACUUCUUCAGCAGAGGGAUCAAACUAUCCUGGAGAAGGACAGGAAGCUGACGGAGCUGAAGGCUGACUUCCAGUACCAGGAGUCCAACAUGAGAGUGAAGAUGAACAACAUGGAGAAGGCGCACAAGGAGGCGGUGGAGCAGCAGCAGACCAAGAACAGAGAGCUGCUGAAGCAAGUGGCCGCCCUGUCUAAAGGCAAGAAGUUCGACAAGUCUGGGAGCUCACUGCUGUCGUCGUAAACUCGCUGGCAUGACCGUACCUCCACCCGAACCACCCACCCUCCCCCAAACACCAACCUUGAACGGAGCAAAAACGGUUCUCUGUUUAACACUGAACCCCUCUUGAGAACGUAUUUAUUUUUUUACUGCUUUCCUCCAUUUUGAUUAGUGUUUUUUUUUUUUUUUGUAUUUGAAAGAAUUGCAGGAGACAUGAACUUCAAUCAUGAAUACUUUUAAUACCCCCCCCCCCCCACAUUCACCGCAGGCACAUCUUUUACACCUAUUCUCUCUUUCGCUUUCUCUUCUCUCUCUCACACACACACGCGCGCGCACACACACCACACCGCGUUCACUCCGGUGAUCAAGCAGGCUCUUGCUCUUGUCUGCAGAUGGGAUGUUGCGUAACGUGGUACCCGGUCACAGCAUGCUGAUGAAACCAUGGUGUCGAGUUGGAGCCUUCUCUAGUGUGACUUUGCGGUGAAAAAUAAUUUUUUUCAUUCACUCAUCACCCUUUUCUGAGGCUCCUUCUGCAGACCGGAGAAAUGUUUGCUGCGCUGUGAGGAAAGCUUGAGGUGGUGUGGACUCUUGAGACGGGGGGGUGGGUGAAUCUGUCAACACCCCGGGUUCCAGAACACUUAUUUUUAUUGCCUACUAGGCUAUUCUGCAUUUUAAUACACCUCCACAUAUCCUGCAUGUUGAUGCACAUUUUUAUUUGUAUUUCUAUUAUUUUUAUUUUUUUCCAUUGUGUUUUCAACUGCACAUUUUUAGUAGCUAUUGUAUACAACUGAGUUUCUGAUUGGUCUGACCGUGAACGGACUCUGGGGGCCUGUGUUCACGGUAUCCUGUAUGCAAGCGUGGAGCCGGAGUGGCGGAGGAGGAGGGUUUGGUGCGGACCCCUCGCGUGGCCGUGGUGGAACGCACCGUUUCCCUGCAUGACUCUCCGCCGGAAGACUGACUCUGUGGUCUCAUCUACUGUACCCUCAUUUUUAGACGAAUUUCCAGAAUCAAGUGUAAAGAUUUUGACGGUUAAGGCCUUUGUGUAUUUAAUACUUGUUACUUGUAUCGGUUCCUAGUAAAUAUAUGUAAGGCAAUUAUCGUACCGAACAAUAUACUUUUAAAAACAUCUACUUGACUUUUUACAGGUAUGUGGAGUAUGGGGCUGUACCUAAAGCAGGCUCAUACCUCUACUUUUGUACUUUUUCUUUUUUUUCCUUUUCAAAACUGAUGUUUCAGAAAUAUUAAACAUGGUGAAAUGA